AGCCACACAGAGAGCACGAUGAGCCUGGGUGAGGUGAUCUACACGUUGGUGGAGGUGCUCAUCGCUGUCAGCUGCUGCCUGGGAAACAUGUUGGUCAUUUUGGCUCUGUGGACCAGUAAGAGCCUUCAGCUGCCCACCUUCUGCCUCAUCGUCUCUCUGGCAGCCGCCGACUUCCUGGUGGGCUGUGUGGCCAUACCGCUGGCUGUGCUGGUGGACGGACGAGUGGACACUUCAUUUCACACUUGUCAAUUCAUCUGCUGCGUGGUCAUCCUGCUGAUGUCCGUCUCAGUUUUGUGUCUUGCGGCUAUUGCUUUGGACCGUUACCUCCGCGUGUGUAUCCCCCUCAGGUACAAAAGGACAAUAAGGCAGAGACAUUCGUGGCUUGUGGUAGCAGCAUGUUGGUUUAUUGCAAUACCUCUAAGCUUUGUUCCCAUGCUCGGAUGGUACGACGACAAAACCUUGCCUUACUCCAUCAACUCCACAAUGGUGUGCCAGUUUACAUCUGUUAUCCCCAUGGCAUACUUGGUUUACUUCGACUUCUUUCUCUGCACUUUGACACCGCUGUUGAUUAUGACCAUUUUGUACGGCCUGGUGUUUUACAUCAUCCGAGGAAACCUCAGAGAGAAACCAGGCCACAGUGUUAAGAGACCAUCUCUGAACUACCUGAGGAAAGAGAAGCAGCUGGCCGGGUCUCUGGCUCUGGUCCUGGCUCUGUUUGCUCUGUCCUGGCUCCCAAUCCACAUCAUGAACUGCAUCGCUUACUUCACCGAUUCUGAAAACGUAACCAAAAGUGUUUUUCAUGUCGGCAUCCUGCUCUCUCAUGCAAACUCGGCUGUGAACCCGGUGGUGUAUGCGUUCAAAAUACAGAAGAUAAGGAGAGCAUACCUGCAGAUCUGGAGACGGUUCAUCGCGUGUGGGAAUGAAAAUAAAGGAUUGAAGUCCGGUUCUGCUGAGAACAACAAUCAGAGCAGUAACAGUGUGACCAACGACGAAUAAAGCCAGAGUUCACUGUUUGUGAGUCUCUGUUCUUUAGGGCGAAGUUUGAGGGACUGAAGAAAAUCAUUAACAGUAUGGAGUUUUUUAUAUUGAAGUUUAUUAAAAUCAGGUAGCUAUGUUUUUUUGGUGAAGAAUAUAUAAGGAUGAAUAUAUUUAGGCGUGUGCACUAAGAGAUUUGUUCUCGCUGAUGUUCAGGAAUGUGUGUGUUUCUUGUUAGAGUAUGUGUGUGUGUGUGGGGGUUUGUUUAUUGUAAAAACUGCCGCACAGGAGAAACCAUAUGAACUUCCGCUUGUUUUAAAAGCUCUUGUUUUUAAACUCUCGUUUUCGAACACCAAGUUUCAUAUCACUUUUGUUUUUCUGUUUCUGU